AUGUUUCUUCUCUCUAUCUUUAUUUUUCUUUCACAUUCUCCUAUCCGAGUGCUUCGCGUAUUUUUUAUGUCAAACAGAAAAUUGAAGACCGUAGAACAAAACAAAAUCCAUCAUAUUCUGUUCACAUUCAUUUAUUCUAUCUAUCUAUCUAUCUAUCUAUCUAUCUAUCUAUCUCAUUCUGCUAAUAUACCUCUACCUCACUCUAUUCUCACAUCGUUUCCUUUCUGUCUCUCUUUCUCUCUCUUUUACGAGUCGGGCACGGUGGAGUUGAAACCGAGUGACGGUGUUGGUUGGGGAACAAAUGCCGUCAAACUACAGGUGCCGUGCAUACACAGAGACAUCAACAGGGCACAUAUCACAGUGCGAAGAUUUUCUUUAUUCAUUUAUUUUCUUCUUCUCUCUUUCGUUCAUUAUUUUUCCUUGCCUUGUUUGUCACUCAUGCUUCAUUUCUGCCUUUUUUUUGUAAAGUUUCUUCUCUCCUGUGCCAAUUUUUUUUUCAUUUUUAUUUUAUUCUCUCCCGGUUUUAUUCUCGUAACUCAUAUUUUCUAUUCAAACUUUGAAUGUUAUUUUGCAUAUUUUCUACAUUUUUCUUUUGAAUGUUUUUUGUCUGGUUACUUCAAAUUUUUUUAUUAUCUUCCCCUCUUUCUUUUUUUGUUUUUCUUUGCUUUUUUUCUUUUUUUUCUUUCUUUCUUUCUUUUUUUCUCAUCUUUUCUUUCUUUUAUCUCUUUGUUAAAUUCUUUUUUCUGUGAUUUUUUUCAUCGUUUUUUUCAUUUACUUUUGUUUUUCAUCUUUUCUUUCUUCUUUCUUUCUUUCUCCUUCUUUUUUUUUUUUUCUCCUUUUUCUUAUUAUUAUUCUUUUUUUUUUUUAUAUUCUUUUUUUUUUCUCAAAUGCCUUUUCUUAUUAUUCUAUCUUUUGUCUUUUUCAGAUUUUUUUAUUUCAUAUUUUCUCAUUUCUUUUUUUCUUUUCUUUUCUGCCUUUUUUUCUUUCUUUCUUUCUUCAAUUUUUUUCAUUUCUAUUUUUCUUCCCGGUUUUUUCUCAUAA